AUGUGGAGUUUCGUCGCCUGGUUCAUGCUGGGGCGAGUUCGGAGCCAGAGUGCCCAAAACUCUCCUGACACCAGUUGCACGUUGCAGUUCUCGGCAGCACGUCACAUCGAAGCCUCGGAGCCGCACUGUCUUUCCAGCGCUGACUGGAUGGAGCAGUUGCGUGUGACGGCGCUGAACUUCUCGGGCGGCAAUUCGGUGUUUGCAGACGUGUUUACAGACUUGAACUUGUCUACAGGCGCCGAAGAUGACGUCAUCCUUAUGACGUGGUCACCUUCCGCCGGACCGGCCCCCGGUGAUGUCCUGGUUUUCAACAACAACACGAGCACGGACUCUCCAGGAUGGCAGUUACAGGCGAACCUCACGGAAAUAGCAAGUCAGAACGUGACGUUGCCCUUUGAUUGGGCCAAAAAAGCGGCCCUGAGCAGCGAGAAGAUCGUCGUGGCCUUGAGCCUCGUGAAUGACACAAGCACCACGCAUACCUUCAAGUACGAAUGGACCCCUCCUGUUGUCCAACUGUCCGUCUACCAGUGGGCCGGGAACUCGUGGUCGAACGUGGCAAACAUCUCCCCCCCAGCCAGUUUUCCGGUGAUUGGUCUCGGCUUGGACGUGGACGGAGACUAUAUCAUCUCCGGCUGGAUAGACGAGGUUGACUCUGUGACGGUGAUCUACCAAAACCAGGGCGGUCAAUGGGAGGAAGUCUUCCGGAUCAGCAACAACCUGGUGCAAUCGCCAACUAUUUUUGGAAUCUCAUCCUCCGGCAAGGCCGUCGUGAAUUGCGCUGGUGCUUUGCUCUGCGCUGGGGUCACCAUCUUCGAGGCUUCUAAUCCUGCAACCAUCCUCAACCCCUAA